UGACAGUGAUAUUCUGAAGUUGGUGAAGAAGUAUACUGGGCAAUAUGUCAUCCCAAUUUACUUUGAAGAUUUGCAUGGCCCUCUACAAGGAUUGGACAUUGAGGGGAAUGUUAUGGAUGUACAAGAAGAGAUCCCACUUAUUGAAUAUCCACAAACUGAAGAGGAUAUUCUAAUUGACAAUUAUUGUCCAGAAGAUGAAGAAGAAUCAUACCAUGAUGCAUGUUCACAAGAUGUUGGUGGUGAGGUGGAUCCUACAGAAGAUGCUAAUGAUGUUGGUUCACAUGAGGUGGAUCCUACAAAAGAUGCUAAUGAUGCUGGUUCACAUGAGGUGGAUCCUACAGAAGAUACUAAUUAUGCUGCUUCAGAUGAUGGUGCUAGUCAGAGAGGUGAUGCUGCUUCACAUGAUGGUGCUGUUCAGAGAGAUGAUGGUGGUUCACAUGAUGGUGCUGGUCAGAGAGAUGAAGCACAACAUGGUGAAGAUAGAUCUCAGACAGUUGGCCAAGAGGAUGAACAAGUUGAUGAGAGUGCAGAACAACAAAAUGAGGGGGCAGAACAAGAUUCUAAGGGGACAGACCAUCAUUUUGGUGAUUCAGAGGAUUCACAGGAUUCAGAGUAUGAACCUGAAGAAAGUAGUGGUGACUCUUCUGAAUUAUCUGAAUGGGAAUUGGAGGAUCUAGAAGGCCCUGAUGAUGAUGACAUUUUCCAGCAGAGGGGUCAUGAUCAUGCUAAGAAGAUACACAAGAGGGCAAGAGAAUGGGUGAAACUAAGAAGAAAGCAGAAGAAAAAAGCAAGAGAAGAAGCUGCAGGUUUGAAAAGGUCUAGAGGAAGAGAUUGGUACAGUGAGGCUGAGGAUGAUGACAACUGCUUUGAAGAGCCUGAUGAAUGGAAUGAUAGUAGUGAUAUGUCAAGGUUUGAUCUGAAAGUUGGUCAGAAAUUUCCAUGCAGAGCAAAAUUCAAGGAUGUCAUCAGAGAUUGGUCUGUUAGAAAAGGAUAUGAUUUGAAGUUUCCCAAGAAUGAAGCCAAGCUCAUCACAGCACAAUGCAAAAGUGGGUGUGACUGGCCUUUGAGGGCCUCAGUUAUUGGAGGUUUGUCCACAUUUCAGAUCAAAACUUUAAAAAGAAAGCACACAUGCUCUUACAGGACAGAGAACACACAGGCUGACUACAUAUAUCUUGGGAAAAGAAUGUUAGAUACUCUGAAGGACAAUCCUGGUGAGACUUUG